AUGAACCCGAUUUUUCUAGCUAUUGCUACACUUUUCUGCGUUGUUAUGGUUGCUGAAGCACAAACUUGCUCCUGGGCAACAUGGGGAGAGUGGUCAACUUGUAGUGAUACCUGUGGAAAUUGUGGAACUCAACAGAGGACACGUACAUGUACAGGAGCUUCUACAACUUGUACAUGUUCAGGAGAUUCGAGCGCACAACAAGUAUGUGCACCUGCCAUCUGCAGAUUCCCUCGAACUGCUUGUUGUACUGGAUCACCGGCUUCUGUUAAUGGAAUGUUUGAAUGUGCUUAA